AUGUCCUGGAAUACGGCUAAUGUUGCACAACAGUGCUUGAAGGAUUCCGGCAGCCGCAGCCCUGUUCCCCCAAAUGACGUCUAUCAUGAACUUGUUUCAUCCACCCCAGAGAUCGAGGUUCAGGCUGUUCCGUCUGAUUUGGAAGUGGAGGCUGAUCCCCAAUCGUCGAGGUUUUCUGUCAGAGGCAACGCGAUCGGAGGGCGCGGCAACCUUAGGUCCGACAUAGCCCCAGGACCGAACCUCCAAACGGGUUCGGGGUUACCCAGAACUGGUUCAAACGCGUCCGAACCUCUUCGAACUCAUCUUCGUCGUCCUGCCGCGUCAACAAUUGCCUGUGCUCAAAAACGAAUAAUGGUCCUACCUGUCAUAUCCAAGAUUGCAGCGACAAUCGGUACGCAGUGUUAUAUGUUCAAGUUCAACUUCGACGUGGAGGACGAUUCUGCGCAGGCAGUUAUUCCAGACGCAUUUACCGAGCUUUCUCUCGCAAACACAGUACGUAUAAUUACUGCUCAUCUUCCGCUCACCUUCAUGCCCGGAGGUGAACUUUCACCUCCACGUCGUGAUCUGUUCGAUGUGAGGUUUCAAUUGAUCUCACAAAAUGCUGAUGACCCGGAUGCAUCGGAGCAACCGUCUAUUUUCAACGCACGGUCUGCGCUGCAAUUUUUUGAUGCACUGUCAGACCUUGUGCCUCUCGUCUAUGAGGGCAGCUUUGUACACGGCAAGCGCGUGUUAGAGAUCGGAUGUGGUACAUCGAUACCGUCGUUCUACAUUCUCCAUCGAAUAUUUUCUUCCCUGCCUUCUCAGAACCAGACGCAUAUCCACCUCCAGGACUUGGCGAAUAAGAAGCGGAUGGUUAUCACUCGACUAGCACACUCCGACACCAAAACAGGUGUCUUCUUCCUGUUCAAUGCAGGUCGUCUUGCCUUUGUCCUUCCCUUUCAUGGUGGGAGAGUACGGCUGCGUAUUUGGGGCUUUGGACUCGUUGAAGGUUGA